AUGGCACCACCCCUUGCACGAUCAACAGUUCAACUCAUAUGUGAUAUGCUAAGAAGUGAUGAGCGUGUAUCUCGGAUUGCGCGUACUGCUGAGUGUAGUCGCAAAGCAGUCUAUUAUAUUCGAUCGAACCUUGAACGGUUUGGAAAUGCGAAAGCUCCGCCAAACCGCCCCAGGCCACAGCGAAUAAUCACGCAAACUAUGCUGAAAGCAUUGUGUGAUCAUCUCCUGGAAAAGCCGACAUUAUAUUUAGAUGAAAUGGCGGUCUUUCUGUCUGAUGAAUUUGACAAAGAUGUGGCGAUUAGCACCAUCAGCAGGACACUUGCCUCAAUUGGUUGGUCUAAAAAGGUAGUACGGCAGAAAGCAAAAGAGCGCAAUCAAGACUUGCGCGAUGAAUAUGUUAAUUAUAUUUCAGACUUUAGCGCAGACCAGUUGGUGUUUGUGGAUGAGUCAGGAUGUGAUAAACGUGCAGGAUUCCGACGAACGGGCUGGUCACCUCUGGGCGUGGCGCCAAUCCAAAUAUGCAAAUUUCAUCGUGACCGACGCUAUCAGAUUUUGCCUGCAUAUGCUCACGAUGACGCCACGAUGUUUGAGGACUUUAUUGAACAGCUUCUUAAACAUUGUGGAAAAUGGCCGGAACCGAAAUCCGUUCUAGUCAUGGAUAAUGCAUCCUUUCAUCACUCGGACCGAGUAAAGGAGAUGUGCUCUAGAGAAGGAGUGAAGCUGGUGUACCUACCACCGUACUCACCGGAUCUUAAUCCUAUCGAAGAAUUUUUUGCUGAGCUCAAGGCCUUUAUAAGGCAAAAUUGGCAAGUUUAUGAGAAGGACCCUGAUCAAGGUUUUGAUCACUUUCUGGAAUGGUGUGUUGAGAUUGUUGGUGCGCGAGACCAGAGUGCCAAAGGCCAUUUCCGACAUGCAGGUCUGGUAAUAGAGGAAUAUGCAUUGGAGAACUGUAGUGUUUAACGAUGUCACGAAAUGCGGUCAAGUAGAUCAAUCUGGCGGGUCUUUACACUUGAUUGCAAAACCAGUGCGCGCUUCUAAUAUACUGGUGCUGAGCAUGAGAAUAUUACGCGGAGCCGAUGAGAAUAAUACUA